CAAACUUUUUAUUCCAUGCGUCUCCUUUUUCUCUUUUUUAAAGAUAGGACCUCUCGAGAGCAGGUCGUUCCGCCAAGAGAUGACACGUACGCAGGACCCAACUAACGAAAGCCCCUAAAGUUAGCCCCUCCCUUAGGGCUGGCACCGGUUCCCGGUCCUUGAACGCGCACGGCGAGGGCAAGGAACAGGGCGACGAGGCAACAGCAUCAGCAGGUGUUAUUGGGCACAGCCGCCUAGCGGAAGUCCUUGCCAAGAGAAAAGAAGCCGCGGGAGAGUCAUCGUCGGAAAGUUUGUCCUUCGCCCCUGGACUUCCGGGCGGACGAGGACGAGGCAACGCAGGGCAAAAGAAGAGCUUGUGGCGCUGAUGGGCCCCGCGUCAGCUCACCGAGCGAGGAGCCCGCUCUUCCGUCGGGGGAGAGAAUGGAGGGCUUUGGACAAUCGUGGCUAUGGCUGAUUCUGUGCCUCUCCGAUCAUUUGCCGUACCGGAGUGUGAGUUGUGCAUUGAGUCCAGUCGCGAGGAAAGGACGAUCUCAAGAUUCCAUCGCUGCAGUCUGCCGUACUGUCCAGCCGGGAGACAUGCUAAGCGUGGCUGUCCUAAGAUUGUGCACGAAGGAGAUGAAGAUACGCGCAUGGAAAAGGAUGCUGAGAUCAAAUCCAAUAAUCACAUCUGAAUCCCGGAGGAUGCUGUGGUGGCUACAGUGACUUCUUAACUGAUAUCGUUCACGAUUUUUUAUCAUGACUUAUCUCUCUGCUGAUCACGACUCUACCAAUAGUCAUUCUCAUCAUGAUAUGAAAACUAACACAUCUUCCUGCAGAUGUAUUCCAAACGACAAACAAUCUGAAACAGACAGCUUUUGAGAUUUCGUUUAUAACAUUGCGAAACUGCACGCCCAUCUGUCAAUUAGGCCUCUAUUUGCUAUGAACCACGUCGACUACCAUAGAAGAACGAAAAGCGUGAUCUGUAUUGCAGUAGAAACAUGCAGAAUAUGCAUCGAGCUUCCACUGUACAUAAUUUCAUGCGAGCAAACUUGGCGCUUAGAGGGAAUGGUUGAAGAAGGAACGGGGAUUGUUGACGAGGUAUUAUUCCUCUUCACACUCAACCUCCCACACUGCGGAAGUGACAUAUUCAUUUGUGAUCUUUGUUACUAUUACCACCCAAAGUCGGGCAUAAGCGAACACGGAUAUAUUUGCACUCUAGAUACCUUCAUGGAUGGACCCGAACAAGUGUAAUAGAACUAAAAUCUCCUCUCUCUUUGGAGGUGCAAGAGAAUAGUCGUCGCAUGUCUUCCCUGUAAAUAUACCAUCUCCAUCAAGAGCGUCAUUCGCUUCAGGUGACAUCAAGGAUUACAUUCUUUCCUUUCUAUCUUUCUCUAAAAGGAAGGGUGUGUAGAAAGAAACGCGAAAACUAUAAUUACUGUUACUUCCAAAUGAAGUCACCUCACCUUCC